AGCUCCGGCCUGAUGUCGCAGCACUCGCUCUCCUCCUCUCCCGGAAAGGUCGCGGCCUGUGGCCCUGCGGACAGCCGUGCCGAGAUGAACCCCAGCGCCUCCUGCGACUCCAUGGCCUCGCUCUACGUGGGGGACCUACACCCCGAUGUGACGGAGGCGAUGCUGUACGAGAAGUUCAGCCCGGCCGGGACCAUCCUCUCCAUCCGGAUCUGCAAGGACAUGAUCACCCGCCGCUCCCUGGGCUACGGGUAUGUCAAUUUCCAGCAGCCGGCGGACGCCGAGCGUGCUUUGGACACUAUGAAUUUUGAGGUCAUUAAGGGCAAGCCAGUUCGCAUCAUGUGGUCUCAGCGUGAUCCAUCACUUCGCAGAAGUGGAGUAGGCAACAUAUUCAUUAAAAGAUUGGACAAAUCCAUUGAUAAUAAAGCACUGUAUGAUACAUUUUCUGCUUUUGGGAACAUCCUUUCAUGUAAGGUGGUUUCUGAUGAAAAAGGUUCUAAGGGCUAUGGAUUUGUACACUUUGAGACACAGGAAGCAGCUGAAAAAGCUAUUGAAAAAAUGAAUGGGAUGCGUCUAAAUCAGCGAAAGGUCUUUGUUGGACAAUUUAAGUCUCGUCAAAAAAGAGAGGCAGAACUCAGAGCUAAGGCAAAAGAGUUCACCAAUGUUUACAUCAAGAAUUUUAGAGAAAACGUGGAUGAAGAUUUCCUUAAGUUUCACUUUGGCAAGUUUGGACCUGCCGUAAGUGUGAAAGUAAUGACUGAUGAAAGUGGAAAAUCCAAAAGAUUUGGAUUUGUAAGCUUUGAAAGGCAUGAAGAUGCACAGAAAGCUGUGAAUGAGAUGAAUGGAAAAUUUUUCUAUGGAAGUCGAAUAUAUGUUAGUCGAGCUCAGAAAAAAGUGGAACGGCAUGCAGAACUUAAGCGCAAAUUUGAACAGAUGAACCAAAAUAAGAGCACCAGAUUCCCGGGUGUUAACCUUUACGUGAAAAAUCUUGAUGAUGGUAUUGAUGAUGAAUGUCUCCUGAAAGAGUUUUCUCCAUUUGGUACAAUCACCAGUGCAAAGGUUAUGAAUGCAGGUGGUCGCAGCAGAGGGUUUGGUUUUGUAUGUUUCUCCUCCCCAAGAGAUGCCGCUAAAGCAGUUAUAGAAAUGAAUGGUAGAAUUGUGGCCACCAAGCCAUUGUAUGUAUCUUUCGCAAUGAGCAAAGAAGUGCGCCAGGCUCACCUCACUAACCAGUAUAUGCAGAGAAUGGCAAGUGGAGGAGCUGUGGCCAACCCUGUAAUCAACCCCUAUCAGCCGGCAUCUCCUUCAGGUUACUUCAUGGCACCUAUCCCACAGGCUCAGAACCGUGCUGCAUACUAUCCUCCUAGCCAAAUUGCUCAACUAAAACCAAGACCUCGCUGGCCUGCUCAGGGUGCCAGACCUUAUCCAUUCCAAAAUAUGCCGGGUGCUGUCCGCCCAGCCACUCCAAGACCACCAUUUAGUACUAUGAGACCAGCUUCUCCACAAGUUAUGUCAACACAGAAAAUGGGUCCACGUGCUGCAGCUGCUGCUACUGCAGCUACUCCUGCUACUCCUGCUGUCCGCAGUGUUCCACAGUACAAAUACACUGCAGGAGUCCGCAGUCCUCAGCAACAUCUUAAUGCACAGCCGCAAGUUACCAUGCAACAGCCUGCUGUUCAUAUACAAGGUCAGGAACCUUUGACUGUUUUCAUAUUGGCAGCUGCCUCUCUUCAAGAGCAAAAGCAAAUGUUAGGUGAACGGCUCUUUCCUCUUAUUCAAGCCAUGUACCCUACUCGUGCUGGUAAACUCACUGGCAUGUUGUUGGAGAUUGAUAAUUCACAACUUCUUCAUAUGCUUGAGUGUCCAGGGUCUCUCCGUGCUAAGGUUGAUGAAGCAUUUGCUGUACUACAAGCCCAUGAAGCUAAAAAGGCUGCCAAGAAAACAGUUAAUUAACAUUGCCACUGGUGUGCCAACCAUUUAAAAUUGAUCAGGAACCACAAAAAGAAACUCGUGCUUCACUGAAGAAUAAUAUCUAAACAUCAAAAAUGUAAAUAUUAUGGAAAGAAAACAUCAUAAAAUGUAAAAGAAACUUUAAAAAGGAAAGGAAACUUUGAACCUUAUGUAGAGCAAAUGCCAGGUCUAGCAAAUAAAAUGCUAGCCCUAGAUUACUUUUGAUUUAAAAACAACAACAACAAAAUAUUAAAAUAUAAAAACAAAUUAAUGUUUAUAGACCCUGGGAGAAAGAAUCGUCAGAGAAGUACAAAAAUUUAAAGCAUUGGGCUUGGCACCUGU